CGGCUAUUAAAAAUACCAAAGAAGAAGAAACAGUGUAUUUCCGGUGUUCGUGCCCCGCCUCCUAUGUGUCGACCGCGGAUAUUUGAAAAAUAGCUAACGUAGCAUUACAGUGGUGAGACUUAACUUUUAAAAGGUCAAGGGCCAUUAAAUCACAUUUAAAAAAUGGCGUCCAUUACCGAUCCAAGUUUCAGUGACAGGUUCACCAGUGCUAUGGAGGAGAUCCACAAAGAACAGCUUAAAACAUAUGGGGAGAUAAUUGACAUGACCGUGGAGUUGUGCCAAGCCCACACACAGUCUGUGAAGUCUGCGCUUGAUACAUGUUUAAAGAAAUGUAAGGAUGAUGUGAUGCUGUUUGAUACAAUACAAACAUUCAAAACGGACUUGUUACAGAAAAAUGUGUCAUUGAAAGAGAAAAAGCAUGCUAUUUCUGAAAUGACGACUGAGAUUCAGCAGAAGGAGAUGCAGAAAGACGCCAUCAUUCAGAAGAUGGAGAAACUUGGAGAAGACCAAGUUAGAAGAAAAGAGUUAAUAGAGUCUCAAAACAAAGCAAACAAAAACAGACUGAAGAAUCUCCAGAAAGCCAGAGUGGUCUUUCAAGAGCAUUUAGGGAUGGAGAUACGAACAAUCCAAGGCAAAACACAGUUGUCUAAAGGUGAAAAGCUGCAGUUUGUUUUCCGGAAUAUCAACCCCUCGGAUCAGGACAGUGCCUAUGUUGUCACAAUGGGGAUUAAAGACGAUGGAUCUUACCAGAUUGUAUCCAGUGACCCCGCUCUCGAGUGUUUGCCUGUCUUGGAAAGCCGGCUUCAGGAGACCAAUAACUUGGCAGCGUUCCUUGCAAACGUCCGGAAGGAGUUUAUCUCGCAGAUUCGCUCCUAAAAUUGAAAUACCGGGAGGAUAAAAUGCCGGGCAAGGACUUUCUUGCAGGGAUAGGGGGAGGAUAACGGAAAAUGUUUGAAAGAAUGAAUAAAUUAAUACAUAAUCAAUUCAUUCAGUCAACAUUUUUCUCAUGUCCUUACUCUGUUUAAAGUCGGUCUGGAUAAGUGUACAGUUUUAUUUUCUUGGCUUUGUAUUUGAAUUUGUAAAUAUAUUAAUCUG